ACAUGCUAUGGCAAUUUAGUUAUCAACUAAAUCAGACUUUUUUUUCCUGUAUCGGUCUUGUUGCAGGUGAGGUUUUUGGAGACAGCCCUGACAACAUGCCAGGAUGAGUUGAGCGACUGUAUGCAACAGAUAAAGGGAGUGAAGGGACGCUACGAGAGAGAGCUGGAGACGAGCGCUAAAGAAGUAGAACAUGAAGACCUUGCUUUAAUUUCCUGUGAAACACUUACAACAUUCCAGACACAUUGUGUGAUAUCUGUGGGUGGGAUGUAGUCUGGUCCCAGAUCUGUUUUUGCUCUCUUGCCAACUCCUUGUCACUUCUUCUCAAGCUGAGCAUGACAAUGUGUGGAAUGACCAUUCCAUAAGGAGUGGACAGGAGAGCAGACUGCCACUGAGGAAUUUGGGAACAAUGUGAAGGAUAUGAGACUCCAAAAAAUCUAGGAUAUGAGACAAAAAUUAAAUAUAUUUCUAACUUGUGAAGUGUAUGGAUGAAGACUAGUCAAGUUCAAACAGGCAGUUCCAGUGUUCUCUGUCCCCAGGUGGAGGCUCUGCAGGCGGAGAUGAGGGGUAGCUCUCUGGUGUGUCAGAGCUCCAGUGAGCAGAACUUGCAGCUGCAGCACACCGUCCAGAGACAGCAGACCAUGCUGCAGGAGAGCACCUCCCGUGUGGCAGAGCUAGAGGACAGACAGGCGCUGUUACUUGAGCAGGUGGGACGCUUGGAGAAGGACCUGGAGAAAGAGAAGGUGUUAGCCUUCAAAGAGCUGAAGAGGAGAGACCAGAGAGCCCAGGAGGCCAUAGAGGGACUGCAGGAGGCUAGCCAGCAGGCAGCGAGACAUGAGAGAGAAGCCCUGCAACUCUCCAACUCUGUCACGCAGUUGUCAGAGGACAUGAAUAAGGUUCAGGGAGAGCUGAGUGAGCGAGAGCAGCAGAUGCUGCUUAUACGGAGAGACAGCGACACCAAGGCCGUACAGCUCUCUAAGAUGGAGAAGAUGCUAGCCGAGACUAGAGGAAAGCUGUACAAGAAGACAGAGUCUGGUACGGAAAGUAAAGGGCGGGACAACCGAGACAAUAUGGUCCAGGAUCUGGAGGAGAAGGUGCGUUUCACCAGGAAGGACAGGAGGAGCUCCCUCCACCGCACCCAGCUGCUGGAGAGCCAGAUGAAGACGGUGAAGGGAGAGCUGGUGGACACACUGGACCACCUGCAGGAGCUACGAGACCGGCUGAGAUGCUCACAGGCCAACGCAGAGCAGCGCAAAGUUGACAUGGAGAAACUGCAAGCAGGGAUGAGGGUGAUACACAGUCAGUUGGAGGAGACAUGUAGAGAGUUGGAGCAAAAGAAACAGGAGAUUAUAGACAAAGACACAGAAAUUAAGGAAAGGCAGGAGGAACUUGAACUAAAAUCCCUCCAGCUCAGAAAAUUAGAGGCUGCAGUAGAGAGUCAUACACAGAAGAUGCAGCAGAAGCUCAUCCUCCAACAGGGGACGCUGGAGAUUUCCCAGAGAGAGGCAAAGGAGAGAACCAACCAGGUGGAGUUUCUGAGUGAGAGGCUGGAGUUGAUACAGAAACAACUGCAGGGAAAGGAGGACCUGGAGAAGAAAGCCUUAGUCCAGGGCCAGCAGCUGUUUCUGUGCAGGGAGAAGCUCCAGAGGACAUCUCACAACCAGGAGAUGCAUAGUCGCUGUGAGAGCCUGGCAAUACAGCUAGAAGAAAGUGUUCAGUUAUGCCGUGAAAAGGAGAACCAUGCCAGGCAUAUGGAGGAGGAGCAGGGGAGGAUGGAGGAGCAGGCUGCCCAGACUGAGGCCAGACUCCAGGCCACAGUGGCCUCCCUCAGACUGGAGCUAGACACACUGAGAUGGCUGCAACAGAAUGAGCUGUCAGCUCUACAGGAGAGCCAGGCGGAGGUGCUGAAGGCAUCAGAGUGUGUCUCCUCCACCCUACGCUGCUCCCAGGAUCAGCUGACCUCUGAACUACAGCAUUACAGACUGCAGCUGGAGGAGGCCCAGCACAACACCACCGCCCUGCUGGCAGAACUCAACACCAGAGAACAGCUGCUGCAGAGCACCAGCGAGACCUUGCUCAUCAAGGUAGAGCUGUGAAGGAAUAUCCUCUUGUAUGACUCCAAAUAAACAUCAGCUAAUGUUUAAUUGAUAGUUAAUUAUCUUGGAG